AUGCUUAAUGUUACCGAUAAUAUCCAAAUAAAAUCAUCUAAUGAACUUGAAAAUUCAGAAAUUUGGGAUGAAUCAGAAAUUAUCCAAGUUAGUGAUACAGAGGAAGAAGUUGACGAUAAUGAAGAUCUUGAAGAAUUGAUCUAUAAUCCUCAAGAAUCAGAUAAUGUCCAAGAAUCAAAUAACAUCCAAGAAUCAAAUAACAUCCAAGAAUCAAAUAACAUCCAAGAAUCAAAUAACAUCCAAGAAUCAAAUAAUGUCCAAGAGUUGAAUAACAUCCAAGAGUUGAGCAAUAAUGUCCAAAAAACUAAAAUUCGUAAUUUAAUUUCUUUUCUUCUCUUACCUAUUGAAACUGGGUCUCAAUAUCAUUGGGAAGUUAGAAAAGUUCACACAUACAAAAAUAAUACCAGAAAAGCGUCAGUAUAUCUUGGCUGUACCCAAAGAAUAGAUAGAAAGCACAAACACUCACCUGAACAAAUUAAAAGAAUAAGCGAAGCAAGACCCCCAAUUAAUCGGUUUCCAUAUAAAGAUCCAGAAUUUUUUCCUCAAUACGCGACAACAACAAGAAGACAUGAUUACCCAUUUAUCUACUUUGAUAAAGCAUCUACAAGUAUUAAUCCUGCAAAUCAUCCUUGGAUUAAAAUAAAUAAAAAUUUCUUAAAUAAAUUAGAGAAUUUAACAGACAAAUAUAACUGUAGUAUAGAAAUAGAUUUUGAUAAUCGCAAUGAAUUAAUCGAGUCUAGAGAGAUUGAGUUAGUAGAAGAUAAAAAAAUGUUUGAGUCUUUACUAAACAUUGUUACUGAUAAUAUUCAAAAUGACAACUUCUAUAAUACAUAUAGAAAAUUGAGACAGACCUUAGUAGUUGAAACGAAAGCUUGUCAAGAGGUUUUGAUGGCCAGAACACAGCAAAGAACUUGGAAGCCACCACGUAAUUCAAAGCUUGCUUUUCAAUUAGGCUAA